AAUAGUCCUUCUCUCAUCUCAACGGCUCAAAUUCUUCCACGUCAAACCGUUGUCCAUUUCCUCUGAUGUCGUGGUGUCGUUAGAUAUUAUCUCCCAGAACAAAACUCUUCUUGAGACAUAGAUUGAAGUCAAUCACAGAGAGACAGAGGAAAGAGGUAAAAAAAAUGGAUCGACCAGCAGUGAGUGGUCCUAUGGAUUUGCCGAUUAUGCACGAUAGCGAUAGGUAUGAGCUCGUCAAGGAUAUUGGCUCCGGUAAUUUUGGAGUUGCGAGAUUGAUGAGAGACAAGCAAAGUAAUGAGCUUGUUGCUGUUAAAUAUAUCGAGAGAGGUGAGAAGAUAGAUGAAAAUGUAAAAAGGGAGAUAAUCAACCACAGGUCCUUAAGACAUCCCAAUAUCGUUAGAUUCAAAGAGGUCAUAUUAACACCAACCCAUUUAGCCAUUGUUAUGGAAUAUGCAUCUGGAGGAGAACUUUUCGAGCGAAUCUGCAAUGCAGGCCGCUUCAGCGAAGACGAGGCGAGGUUUUUCUUCCAGCAACUCAUUUCAGGAGUUAGUUACUGUCAUGCUAUGCAAGUAUGUCACCGAGACUUAAAGCUCGAGAAUACGUUAUUAGAUGGUAGCCCGGCCCCUCGUCUAAAGAUUUGUGAUUUCGGAUAUUCUAAGUCAUCAGUGUUACAUUCGCAGCCAAAAUCAACUGUUGGAACUCCUGCAUAUAUAGCUCCCGAGGUUUUACUAAAGAAAGAAUAUGAUGGAAAGGUUGCAGAUGUUUGGUCUUGUGGGGUUACUCUGUACGUCAUGCUGGUUGGAGCGUAUCCUUUCGAAGAUCCCGAGGAACCAAAGAAUUUCAGGAAAACUAUACAUAGAAUCCUGAAUGUUCAGUACGCUAUUCCGGAUUAUGUUCACAUAUCUCCUGAAUGUCGCCAUUUGAUCUCAAGAAUAUUUGUUGCUGACCCUGCAAAGAGGAUAUCAAUUCCUGAAAUAAGGAACCACGAAUGGUUUCUGAAGAAUCUACCGGCAGAUUUAAUGAACGAUAACACGAUGAACAGUCAGUUUGAUGAAUCGGAUCAACCGGGCCAAACCAUAGAAGAGAUCAUGCAGAUCAUUGCAGAAGCGACUGUUCCUCCUGCAGGCACUCAGAAUCUGAACCAUUAUCUCACAGGAAGCUUGGACAUAGAUGACGAUAUGGAGGAAGACCUAGAGAGCGAUCUUGAUGAUCUUGACAUUGACAGUAGCGGGGAGAUUGUGUACGCAAUGUGAUACUAUCUCUAUGGUUUCUGCUACAUAAAUGUCCAAAAAAAAAGUUGAAGAAGAAUGAAGAAUAACUGAAUAAGAUAUCUUGCUUGCUAUUGAGUUGGCCCAACUUUGUCUCAUGGGUACACUUUGAAUCUUUGAUUGCAAAACACUGAAACAACUGAUGGGUGUUUCUAAACAAAAGUGAAAAGUCAUCAAUUAGUUAUUGUUAUCUACUCUCUAUCUCUAGUAAAUUUUUGUUUGUUUU